AUGUACAUCAGGAGACCACCGUCAACUAAUGACCACUAUUCAGCCAGAUCUUUGGCGUUUCUGCACAAGCCUCAACGGGUUUCUCAGACAAAACCUACAUUUCCUGAGGAUUCUCUUAAGCGUAAUACAGACCUCAAUCGUGGAGCUAUUAGUGUUGAGCAUGAUUCUUCAGAUUAUUUCUCAACAAUUCCGCCAAGGCCCACAUCUCAGGGAGACGAGGAGCCCACUGCCUCGCAGCUUAGAGUGGAUCCUUAUUUCCCCAGCAGUGCAGACACGGAUCAAAAUUUCAGGUCAGAUCAAGCUGAUGAACUUGUCAAUGCACCUCCACUUGUGCGUAAGAAAUCAGGUGAGAUCGUGAAACCCAAUUUGAAAAUGGCACAAAGAUCUCGAUCAUUACCGGCCACCCCAAGCGGCCGAGAGCCAGACAAGGGAAUUGCUAUACCACCAUGGGGGCCGAAACGUAGCAAAAGUGUUCACUUUGACCAACGGGAUGUGGUUUCGUUCAAGUAUUUCCGUCAAGACGACUCUCCAUUGGACGUGGCGUCUCAGGACGUGGAAGAAGGUCCCCUUGAUGAUACUAAUUGCAAGCCGUUACUGGUUACUGAUGUUAAUGAUGCGGACAUGGAUUCCAACAAUGGUGAACCUGUGGAUUUGACGAUGACGAUGUCAAAUUUACGACUUGAGAAAAAAGCGUCAAGUGGGUUUGGUUUGAGAAGGAGCAGGCGGUAUCAAAAACUCAAGAACAAUGGAAUUGCCAAUGGUUCAGCGAUAAGCGAACCGGGCUUGUAUCAUGAAAACUUCCCAAUUCUUAACGUGGGCGAUCGCACCAGUUUGAAAUUGAACAUCUUUCUCAAUAUUGCCAAAAGUAGCGACUGUUUUCUCCAGGAACUGUCUCUGGUGUCCGAUCAGCACUACUUAGUUGGCCACAUUCUGGUCAAAAACAUCUAUUAUGAUAAAAAAGUGGUUGUGAAGUAUACGCGCGACCGUUGGCGCAGUGCAAACGAGGUAGAAUGCGUAUGGGUGAGCAGCGGUGAUGAUGUCCUACCUGGAAAAGGCAUGGACCGUUUCAAAUUGGUAAUUGAUCUGGCAACUAUGUGCAACGGCCCAAAACGUGACUCUGUGACUUCCAGCACUUCGUCCGGCCUGAUUUUGGCGGAUUCAGUCGCCAGUAGGUUUGUCACAUUGAGACUCGAGUUUUGUAUUCAGUACACGACACGCAAUGCAAACGAGCGAUUGGUGAGCUGGGAUAAUAAUGGUGGACGCAACUACAUUAUAGAAGUUGUGGCACCAAAACCGCGCAUGGGGUUCACGGAUCCUUUUGGCAAUGAAUAG